AUGCCAUCUGCCACUUUCUAUGCUCGCUCACUCACUGAACUUCUCGCCAACCGGGCUCGCGACCAGCCCAACGAGCAUUCGAUUCACACCGGAGUACCUGGAUGUGACGCAUCUGUGCUUCGAUCACUCACGUACUCCCAAGUGCAAAAGGCGGUCGAUCGUUUGGCAUGGCACUACUCGACCCUGGGUCUUUGCCCCCCAUGCCACGCCAACGAAAUACCUCCUGUUAGAAUUAUAGCUGUUCUUACUAGCUCCGCAUAUGACGAGUCUCUCCUCGAGAUGGCACUUGCCAAACUCGGUCUCACUGCCCUACUACUUUCGGUCAAUAACUCUGUGGCUGCCGUUGCACACCUUUGCCAAAUCACCAACUCAGCGCAUCUAAUCUACGGAACCAAGUUCGCCUCACACGCCACCGAGGCGCAGCAAAUACUCAAGGACAAAGGAUAUAACCUCGAUAUUCUGGAGGAUACGCGAUUUCCUCUCUGGGGACCAGACGGUGUCGAGGCAGCCUCUGUCAAGCCUUAUUCGGCGCGCCUCUCACCAGAAAUUGAAUGCGAUAGACCAGCUGUGAUUUUGCAUUCUUCCGGAUCGACUGGCUUCCCAAAACCUGUGUAUAUCACACAUUUCGGGCUUAUUGCUAACGUUUCACUCAAUCAAAACCUCCGUGGGUUUAGCACCCUGCCAGUAUACCACGGCUACGGACACUUUGCAAUUUUCCGUUGCAUGUAUUCUGGCAAACCGAUGACACUUUUCCCGGGGCAUCUUCCUCUCACAUGUGCAAAUAUUUGCCAAGUCAUCAAAGCUUCGCCUCCGGUACAGCAGUGUUUUGCAGUUCCAUAUGUGAUCAAGUUGAUGGGCGAAACGCUAGAGGGGAUUGACGCGCUCGCACAAUUUGAUGUCAUUGGAUAUGCAGGUGCUGCACUACCUGAUGACCUCGGCGACCGCCUCACUGCUGCUGGUGUCAAGCUUUUGAGUAUCUACGGAACUACAGAGACCGGUAGCCUAAUGAACUCUCAACGCGACUUCGAAACGGACAAGGAUUGGAACUGGGUUCGGCCCUUGGCAAGCAGUGCCCAAUAUCUCGUUAUGGAAUCCCAUGGUAGCAAUACCUAUGAGGUCAUUGUCAAGCAUGGAUACCCUCCAAAGAUCGAGACAAACCGACCCGAUGGCUCGUAUGCCACCAAGGAUCUCUUCAUGCGUCACCCGCAACAUCAUGAUCGAUACAAGUAUGUUGGCCGCUUGGAUGACACGCUCGUACAGACGCUGGCUGAGAAAACGAAUCCGGUUCCUAUUGAGCUGGCUAUACGAGGGAACAGUCCCUACGUCUCGGAAGCGAUCGUCUUUGGUGCCGGGAGACCUCAGAUUGGCUGCCUUAUCCUCCCAUCUGAGCUUGCUCGGGGUCUAAACCGAGCCGAGCUAAUGGAAAAGAUAUGGCCAGUGGUCGAAAAGGCCAAUUCAGAGGCACCAACGCAUUCUCGACUACUCUCCGAGAUGAUCGAGUUCCUUCCGAUUGGUACCGAUAUCCCAGUGGCGACCAAGAUGAGCAUCCUUCGUCCAGCCUGCUACGCAAAGUUUAAAGACCUCAUCGACUCGAUUUAUCAGAGGUUUGAACAAGGAGCGACAAUCACAAAAGUCACCCUGACACUGCCAGAACUGGAGGAUUUUCUUCUGUCGGCAAUCGUCAAGGUUAUGGGUCCCAAGUCUACAGGACUAACAAAAGAUGUCGACCUGUUCUCGUUUGGUGUCGACUCUCUUCAAGCCACUCGAGUCCGAAACACGCUUCAGCAAUCGUUGGAACUCAAUGGACAGACUCUCGGUCAGAACGUCGUCUACGAGCAUCCUUCUGUUCGCAAGUUGGCAGGUUUUAUCAAUGAACUUCGGUCCGGAAAUAGCAGUCAUAUACGCAGCUCUAGCGACAUCAUGCUAUCUCUUCUCGACAAGUAUAGCGCGCGCUUUGCUUCCCAUAGUCCUUCUGGUGCCCUUGUCACAGACGAACGCCAUGUUGUGGUACUUACUGGUGCAACGGGUUCCCUAGGCGCGCAUAUUCUCGCCCAAUUAUGCGCAUCACCAGCAGUGCGCAAGGUCAUUUGCCUUUCGCGUGCAAAUUCGCACGCAGAGUCGCUUGUUCGUGUGCGUGACUCACUCAAGUCGCGUAAGCUGUGCUUGAGCGACGAGAGUAAGGUUGAGUCGUACGCCGCCAACGUCAAUGUGUCCAACCUUGGACUGUCCAAUCAAGAAUAUGAAAGUAUACGUGAUCAAGCAACAAUAAUCAUCCACAAUGCGUGGCCUGUCAAUUUUGUGUUGACAAUCGAAUCGUAUGAUGAGCAUAUCGGCGGCGCUCUUAACUUGAUCAACCUUGCUCUUGAAUCUCCUCAUGCGACACCUGCAUCGUUCUUUUUCAGCUCGUCGAUUAGUGCUAUGCAAGGCACACAUGACGAGGGCGAAUGUCCAGAGAAGUUUUCGACCUCGCCAAGGACGGCAGGGGGAACUGGGUAUGCACAGAGUAAGUGGACGACGGAAAAGCUCUGCCAACGCGCCGCGGACCACGGUCGAGCAUGCGGUUUCAAAGUUGGUGUGCUGAGAAUAGGACAGAUGGUGGGAGAUUCGAUCAACGGUGUUUGGAAUGAGACUGAAGCAUGGCCUCUGAUGUUCAAGGGCGCAAACACGGUCGGAUACCUGCCUCUGACGAAUGAGCAUCCCUCGUGGUUACCCGUUGACUACGCUGGACGAGCAAUUGCAGAGAUCUCGCUGCACCCUACUACCGGAACCUCGGACCCAGAAGGAUGGCCUGCUUCAAACGGCGCUGUCUAUCACGUCGUCAAUCCUGAUACAAGUGUCGACUGGAAUGCGCUACUCGACGGCCUUCAGCGCGCCGGGCUUGAAUUCAGAGUAGUGGACGUACAGACAUGGUUAGGCAAACUGCGAACGAGUGACAGUGAUCCAGCGAGGAAUCCGAUCAUCAAGCUGCUCCCAUUCUUCGAGAAUCGAUAUCGUAACCCUGACAGAAAGCCGAUAGUAUUCUCCACUUAUCACACACGUAUUGUAGCUCCAUCGCUUGCUAGCGCACCCGCUCUGAACGCAGAGCUGAUCGGGAAGUGGGUCAAGCACUGGAGAGAGAUUGGGUUCCUGCAAUAG